CACCCCUGUUGUCGAUCAUUGAGCUUCCGUGUGACCGGUCACCAGCACAUCACUUCGACACUCAGGAGUCAUGCUACACUCGUGACGCCCCGAAGCACGAGACGCUCUCCCUUGUGGCGGACAAGCGCCACGGAAGAGUCUAACAUACAUUCACACCUUGACAUCCAUCAAAGAUGGCGUUCCAACAACCCCAACAGCGCCCUCAGGCGCCUCGUCAGGUCUCCUUCUCCAAGCAAACUCAAGAUGUCCAGGUACCUGCAUCACCGAUACGGAAGAGGCCGCUCGAACAGUCCCAGGAAUGGAUCCUCUUCUCACCUACGGUCCGCGACGACGGACAAUCAUGGACCUCACAAACGCCACGUACGGCGACCGAUUUGGGAUCGCUUCAAACACACUUCAGAUCGCAAGCUGCAGAUAGCGCCGAGCAGGCGGUGACUGAAGCCGAUGACGACAACGCGGAGCUCGACAGCCUCGACGAUGGACUGCACGCCUUCCACUACCAUCCUUUCUCCGCCUCUUCGGAUGCGUUCGACCAGAGCGGAGGCACAGUGCUACCCACACACGACGGUCUCGGAACCUUCCCGUCUCCUGCAGGGUUGCAAGAGCAGUUGUGGCAGUUUGAGAGAUACAAUCCGCAACGUAAGCGGCACGUAAGACGCAGAAGCAGCAUCCAGAAACAGCUCGAUGAGGUGGGUGAGGAUGAAGAGCUUGACUUUGCGGACGAGCGGACGGCGAGGAUAGAGAAAUGGAGGCUUGAGCAGAGUCGCGCUGUUUUGGAGGAGCUUGAGCGUGAGACAAGAAGGAGACAGAGACGGCGCAGUCGGAUGAGUGGUGGGAGUGGUCUGGCGAACUCACGGCCGGACUUACGGGGCACACAGCGUACGGACUCUGUUGUUGCGGAGGAAGGCGAGGCAUCAGCGCGGACCGAGCAGCCAUCACCUGAACAACCGACUGAGUCCUGGUGGCAGAGGCUGACGAGGCGUGUCAUCCGGGAUCUUAUUGGCCUUGAUGACAAUACCUUGUCUGUCAUCUUCGGCGAGGAGCUUGUCGAAGACGUCUCGCCAACACCAACGCAGCAAUCACCCAUUGCUGCAGCCGUGGAAAAGGAUUCCCGAGUGACGUUUCAUGACCGCUCGAGUGAUUGGGAGGUCAAGUUGCUGGAGCGAGUAGCCAAGGAGCUCGGUGUCAUCGUUCAUCAACUGUCCGAGCACGAAGGCGCUUUCAGCACUUACCGCAGCGAUGUCGGCCAGCUGGAACUCUCUGCUCUGGCAGCGCAGACCGGUCGGCCCAAGCAACCGUCUCUCCGGCAGCGCAAGCGACGAGCAAGCAGUCAAGACCAGCGUGUACCCUCAGACGCACUGUUUAGUGCUACUUUGCCACGGAUACCGCUCUCGCCAACUGAGCAAACGGACACUUCACUCUGGGGUAUCGAAGAGGAGCCGAGUCAACAUCUACCACAAGACCAGUACGCACAGCAAGAGCGCGAGCACUGGGAACGCGACAUCGACAUCAACAUGCUCUUCUCGUACCUAAAACGUCGUUUCGCGUCGACACCACUACCGCCGCCACCUGAGCCCCACAUGACACCACACUCUGGACCAUUACCAGCGUCCUGGACAACCACCACAUCCGCCCUAGGCACCUCCCCCGAGUCUCUCCGCCGCGCCGACCAAAUCCGCCGCCAGCAUCCACUCGUAUCCCGAGCCGCAGCGGAGUCACGCAGACGUGAUUCCUUGCUACGCCGCCACCACUUACAGCAGAUCAUGCAGAAGCGGGCGGGAAGCAGUAGUUGUGCGAGUCAGAGCACGAAGCGGAGUCGGAGGAGCAAUAGUUCGAGGCAUUACUGGCUUGAGGGUAGUGUGGCUCCGGCGGGGAGUAUUGGGAGUGGGGCUGCUAUGAGUUCUGGUUUGGGAGGAUGGGGGGAGGUGUGAGUGGUGUGCUGUGUUGAUGGCAUGUAUGAAUAGUUAUGAUGCUUUUAUUUUAUGACACCUCGACUCUAUAAGCAGCAACCAUUCGGCCGAGUAA